AGUAUAUCGAAAAACACAAGUUUUGAGUAGAGUGUGGGGUGUUAGAGCUGGUAGAGGGGGGGUAACAUAGUAAGAAAGUGUUCAGUUCUCAGGCAAGAUAGGUUACGGUAUCAACAACGAGGGGGGGUGUAGGGGGGGUGGGGUUGUAUCUAAGUUAUGCGAACGGGAGCGGGUAGUGCAGUUCAACAGACCCUCACAACAGAGGCUGCUUCAGUAUUGAAGCUUUCUCUUAGCUUGGCCAGGAGAAGAGGCCAUGCACAGGUUACUCCUCUUCAUGUUGCUGCUAUUUUGUUGAGUUCGAGAUUAAGUCUUCUUCGAAAAGCUUGUCUCAAAUCUCAACAACAACAUAAUAAUAAUAAUUAUAGUUCUCAUCCACUUCAGUGUAGAGCUCUUGAGUUAUGCUUUAAUGUUGCACUUAAUAGACUUCCAACAAGUCCUGGUCCACUCCUUCAUGGCCAGCCUUGUUUGUCUAAUGCUUUAGUUGCUGCACUCAAAAGAGCGCAAGCUCAUCAGCGAAGAGGCUGUAUAGAACAACAGCAACAACAGCAACAACCUCUUUUAGCUAUUAAAGUUGAGUUAGAGCAACUUAUUUUGUCUAUUCUAGAUGAUCCUAGUGUUAGUAGGGUUAUGAGAGAAGCUGGUUUCUCUAGUACCGCAAUUAAAAACAAUAUAGAGGAAUCAGCUUCUUCAUCAGUGUUUCAGUGUUAUAACAAUAGCUCUGCAGGUGGAAUUUACACCACACCUAGCUCACCUACUAACACUACAACUACUACUGAGAAUAGUCCAUUUAAUAGUUUUUGGAAUUCACAAAACCCUAUUCUCUUUUCACCUCAUAAGUUCAUUAAUACACAAUUAACAUCAUCAGAUGUUAAGUUGGUGUUAGAUGUGUUGUUGAGAAAUAACAACAAGAGGCGAAACAGUGUGAUAGUUGGUGACUCAGUGACAAGCACAGAAGGAAUAGUUGCACAACUGAUGGGAAAAGUGGAGAGAGGAGAUGUGCCUGAGGAACUUAAAGGAGUUCACUUUAUCAAAUUUCAGUUCUCAGAUGCACCGCUAAUGUUAAUGAAAAGAGAAGAAGUGGAGCUGAACAUAUCAGACCUGAAAAGAAAAGUGGAAUCUCUUACAAGGGGUACUGGGGGUAGAGGAGGAGUCAUUAUCUACACAGGUGACUUGAAAUGGACAGUUGACAGUACUAAUAAGGAGAAAGAAAGAGGAUUGUUUGUUAAUUAUAGUCCAGUUGAUCAUCUUGUAGCUGAGAUAGGAAGGCUUGUUUCUUCCUACAACAACAGCAGCUCAAAUGCAAAGGUUUGGUUGGUGGGUACAGCAAAUUAUCAAACUUAUAUCAAAUGCCAAAUGAAACAACCUCCUCUUGAUAUUCAAUGGUCUCUUCAACCUAUUUCUGUUCCAUCUGGUGGUCUAGGGUUAAGUCUCAAUACUACAAGUGUCCAUGAAGCAAGAAUACCAUUCUCUCAACAAAUGUUUGAGAAAAAGCCAGUACCUAGCAAAGAGGAACAUGAUGCACUCACUUGCUGUGCACAAUGCACUUGUAAUUAUGAAAAAGAAGCUAUGUUGAAGUUUGGGCAGCACAAAACUUGUACAUUGAGUCCUAUGUCUAUCACAUGUGACACUAAGGACUCUGACAAACCUCCAACACCAUUGCCUGAUUGGCUCAAACCACAUGACAUGGAUCCAACUAACAAGGAUGAUUUGGCUGAGUUGAAAGGAAAGUGGAGCAGGUUGUGCAAAAAUCUUCAUCAAGGGAAGCCAAAUCAAAGACAAAUAAGUUCAGUUGUGUGCAAUGAAUACAAUAGCAGUGGGAAGAAUUAUUCUUUUAAUUCAUUGUAUCCAUGGUGGCCUAAUCAGCACAGUAUAAUAACAGAUUGCAAAUCGAUUUCAUUUAGUGAUCCACACAAUGUGAAGCCUAAUCAUGGAGCCAGCACUGUGCCAAGAUUCAGAAGACAACAAUCGUGCCAUAUUGAGUUCAGUUUCAGCAAUGGGAACUCGAAAAAUGAAUCACAAUCAUCAGUUGAGCCAAACUUGGAUUCUCUUAAGAACAGAGAAGGGAAAGAAGUGAAAAUCACACUUGCUCUUGGGAAUUCACAGCUUUCUGAUCAUAUCGGUGGGAAUAACGUUGAUGAAGAGAUGCUCAAAUUGUUACAAGAGAACUUGCCUUGGCAAAUGGAAAACAUGCAUACUAUUGUGGAUGCAUUGAUGGAUUUCAACACAAUCAAUAAGCAGAAGAAUUGGUUGUUGAUUCAGGGGAAUGACUCAAUUGGGAAACAGAGAUUGGCUCGAGCGAUGGCAAAAUCAGCUUUUGGUUCUGAUGACUUGCUGUUGUGCAUCAACAUGAGAAACAUGUCAAAUCAUGUUGAGUUGCUCAACAAGGCCUUAAGGAAUCAUGAAAAGCUUGUUGUCCUACUGGAAGAUGUCGAUUUUGCUGAUGCAGAACUCUUGAAAUUUCUUAAGGAUGCUUAUGAAAAUCGGAGUUCUAGUCAUUUGUUCAUCGUAGCAAUCAGGACUAGCGAUGCAACUGAUCACUGCAGUGAUGGAAGAGAGUACUAUUGCACAGAGUCUGUAAUCCAGAUGAAACUGGUGGUAAGUGAAACGAGUCCGAAUCCUGGAUCAGUAUGUAUUGAUCAUAAGAGAAAAGCUGAAUGGGAAUUAUCUUUGCCUAACAAGACCAAGAGUCCAAGAAACAAUGUGAUGGAAGAUGUCACCUCAAUUGCUACUCAAAGUGGGAAGAUAAUGAAGCAAUUGAGCUCAAAUACCCUUGACCUCAACAUAAAAGCAGACGAGGUCUAUGACGAGGGUGAUGUACACGAAGCCAUAACUGAGGACUUUAGCCCCAUUUCAAGUGACUUGACUCGCGAUACAGCCAAUGAUCACCAUCAACAAAACAACAAUCCAUCACUUGGUUUUUUGGACCUCAUCAAGAACCGCCUUGUUUUGAAGCGCGAUUCUUCUCAAGACAAGCAAAUGAGAGAGGUGUUCAUGUUCAAGAUGAGAAGGUCAUUGGAACAAGUGUGUGGGAGUAAAAUACUAGAGAAAUUUUCCUUUGAUGAAAUGGUGUUGGAGAAGGUAUUUGAAGGGUGUGGUUCAUUUCUCAACAACUUGUUUGAUGAAUGGCUAAAAGACAUUUUUCAAACGAGCUUGCAAAUGAUUGAAGAUAAAGAAAAUAUUGAGAUCAUCAAGCUUUGUGAAGUGGUGGGAGCUAAAUAUGAGAUUGGUUUCAAAGGUUCAUGUCUUCCAAGAGGGAUUCAAGUUUCAAUCAUGGACUAAGUAGUUGUCACUUCUAGCUAUAUAUUAUGGUACUACUACUAUAUUUCCUUGUCAAUGCACCACUACGUGUCCUUUUGUAACUAGCUAGUCUUGUUUUUCUAAUACAAUGUCUGCUUUGUUUUCAUUCCCAUAUAAAUUAUGGACUAAUUAAACAACAGAC